AUGUCCAAGAAGGAUGUGGCGUGUUUCUGGAUCGUACUGCUCCUGUGCCAAGAGCUACAGACCGACCCGAUUGCAGAGAUGGGACCAUCCUCCGGAAUCCUGAUUCAAGAAACACCUGGGUUCAUCUUGACAGAGAAGAGGAUCCUGACCCGCCGUGUGUUCGUCAGCUUGGACCCCAAGAUUUCCAUUGAGAAGGCAUACAACAUUUCAUCGAUGCAGCUUCCUGAGUUACAGACUUGGUACCAGAUGCACCUCCAAAGAGCACAGGACCGUGUGCGAAACAUCUUGGAGCAAGCCCGGAAACCAUUUGUAUCCAGUACUAUUUCGAUGAGCAACCGACCCAAAAGGUUCCUCACCGCCAUAAUUGUUGCAUUAGUUUGUGCCACUGUCGGUGCAGUUGUAGCAACUGGAAUGUCUGCAGCCAACUCUAUUACUGUCCAAAAGCUGGAUAUGGAAAUCUAUGCGCUAAAGCAACACAUUAACAAUAUUCAUCAGGUGAUAAACCAGCAAAGAACACUUCUCCAAGACGUGUUAACUAUUGUGGAAGACACAGUUGUUACAACAAAUUUGCAUUCGGAGUUAAUUGCCAAAUCCACUGAGUUGCACCAAAGUCAUGACUUAUUUAAGCGUGAACUUCUAUUUCUGCAUGACCCAAUAUUGUUCCACACACUUGCUUUUCUUGACGAAGUGCAAACUGGAAUGAUCGAAUUGGCAGGGGGACGCAUACCUCUGUAUUUUGUAUCCAAGGAUAUUGUUCAUGCGAUGCUUGCCAAUGUGGAUGGAGAAACAAUUGAGCCUAUGCAAUUAAAUCUGGCCUUUGAGAUGGGGAGCGCUAUACCUCUCUUAAUUGAUCCAGAACGUAUGGAGAUUUGCUUUUUAUUGGCCAUACCCUAUGUAACUCCCAAAAACAUUUUUCAAAUGAAAACAAUUUACAAUGAUAAUAAUAAUAUUAUGGUUGAUUGUACUAAGUGUAAAGUUCAAAGCUCUUACAGGUACAAAAAUAUACAAAAAUGUUCAUUCCACGCACGGGCCUAUGUCAGUAGAAAUGAUGUGAGUGCACAAUAUGUCUGGUAACUUCUAUAGUGCCUAUUCAUAGGCCAAAUUAUUCAUUGCUAUGAAAGUCACUAAGGGGGGUUAUGUCAGGAUAUUUAUAUCGGCAGACAUUUUGUGCUAAGAAAGAAAUUAAAAGUGUAUAUUGCCAGAGUCACUCAGAACAGAGCGGACUCCAUUUGGCUAUCUUCAGGAUAACAAAGACACAUAAUUUCCUUGAUUUCACUAACCACUGAGCCUGAUCUAAGUAAUGCAUUAUAUAAACACAGACACUAGUGACAGAGAAGACUAAGUAAUUAAUUUUACUUUCUAAAUUCUACAAGGUCCCAUUGUAAGUAAGGGGUGAAAUUGAGUUUAGAACUGUCAAUUUUACAAAUUACGAUCAAAGUAGUUGCCACAAAGACUGAGACAAAUGCUUUGAACUGACAGCAAAUUUAAGUUAUGGUAGUCAUUUUAGAUAAGCCAAAUUACGUCAAAAUCGUCAUCAGGAAAAGUUAACUCUUUCCUGGAUAAGAAGGUUUAGUUAGGCAAGAGUGCCCUCUAUGGACCAAAUACCUAAAUUGCGAUCCAUCGAUUGAACCCACCUUCAGCUUCCUAUUGGCCGUAUAAACUAAUGACGUACAGAGAGUCUGGCCCUUUUAAAAGUUAGGACAAAGGGAAGAGAGAAGUUAGUUGGUAGAGAGACGAGUUGGAGUUUGGGCAAUCAGAUUCGGACAUGCAGAGAGAGAGAGACUCAAGAAACACUCUCUGGGACUAACACUCUACUCUUAAACUCUCUUGGACACAACUCCUUGACACUUAGAAUUUUACUCUGACUUUCUAACCAACACCACUUUUCUCUAUUACUCACGCACCUCCAUACAACCAAUCCAGUUCCUAGGACUACCUACUCAUCUGAUGAGAAUAUCUACAUAACUGGUCAUUAUGCUGGUUUUAUUUAAUUAAUUUAAAUUAAUUAAAAUUUACUAAUAGCAUGAUAUAUGACUGGAUAAAUCACGGUCAGAUUUAAUAUUUUGAAAUCUUAGUUAACUAAAGAAUAUAUAGUUAUAAACAUUCCAUUCUGCAGGUGGAAUUAAGAAUAAUUAUAUAUUAAUGUGAUGGUAUCACGUGUUAGCAUACCGCUGUUUUUAUCCAGGUGUAUUGAUUUGCUCUAAAAUAAGAUAAGAUAUCUUUUUAGGCAAAUUAAAAUUCGGCUUUUGUAAAAAUCUGGUAGAUUAUUCUUAUUGGAUGGUUCCAGGAAAUGAUUAAUGAGCUGGUUUGAAUGUUAUUUUAAUUGAAAAUUACAUGAGAAUAGGAUACUAUAUGCCUAGGAGGAUCUAGCCAGCAUUGAAAGGGUUACUCAGUUGAUUUAACUGUUAGCCAAGGUUUUAUGGCUUUUCGCUGUGUGAAGCUUUACUUUUGUCUGUAAAGAUACCCUCAUAAAUCUUAUUAAGUGACAGAAGAUGCUGUUAGCCAUUGGAACGUGUAUAGCCAUUCCAUUGUAUUGCAUACUUAUGUUAUACUAAAUAUUCACUGAUUAUUAUCAUGCAUGCUGCCUAAUAUUAUUGUUAAUUAAUUGUUACAAUAAAUUAAAUCUAUUUUUAUAACAGAUUGUGAUUUUAUUUGUAUGGAAUACAUUUCACUUACAUGAUAAACGAUCUCUAAGAUCUAAGAGAAUUGAAAUAGUGGGCAGUUCUCGACUGUUUAAUAUUAUCAUCCCAUAAAUAUCCCUACAGGGCGCUGAACACCGCUGGCCGUUCGGGAGGUAAAAUGGCCACUGCCACGUGUUCGGCAACCAAACAAAGGCCACCCAGCAUUCAUCAAUUAAGCUGCGGUUAACUGCAGCUUCUGGGCGGUCAAUUGACGGCCCACUCCAGUUCCCAGGUGGUCCAUCGUUCUGUAGUUUGUUCGGUAGAUUGAAUCUACAAAACACCCCGGCAGAAAGGCACAAAGAAACCUUUCAGCAGGGAAAAUAACAGGUCUGAACUGCAGGGCCAUAGUCUAAAGGGAGCAGGCGAGCAACCAGGCUUCUCCAGUGCAUAGUGGCGAGGUUGGUUCCGCCACAAUGCCUGCAGAGAAACAACCUCCUAAACAAUCAACAUAAAGCUAAAUCUUGUCUAACAGUAGAACAUAGAAAGAACCAGGCUAUCUUACCUUCCAAGACACUGAUGUUCUGUAUCCCUCAAUUGUCUAGUCUAAGUGUCUAGAAGAAUCCUGAUUGGAAGUAUAGUUGUUUUGUUGCUCCUUUCGUCCCCUCUAUUGGUCAGUUGUCACAUGAUCUGUGAAGAAAAUCAAACUAAAUACAUACCUAACCCUAUGGUCACAUAAUCCUAACACUAGAUCCCUCCUAACCAUAAACUACAUUAACGCUAGCCCUAGCAGAGUGAAUUAAAAUACCAACACUUUUAAUAGCUGUGUAAUUAGGCUAUGCUCUAACGCAGUGCUCAAACAAUUAUUAAAAAAUUGCCAUUUUCACUGCAACAUUUUUAAAGCAUCCCAUACAAAAGCUAGAACUUCACUGUCACAGCACUCUGGCCUACUGCUAUAUUAUUCCCAACUACCCUAAUGAUUUGUUAUAAAUCAUAGAAAUCGAUAUUACAUAUAUUCUAAAUACAAACCCCAGCCUACUAUCUGCAACCUAUCCAUACAAUCAAUUAUAAAAUGCACCAUCACUUAUAAAAUUACAUUUCCAUUACAAUCACUGGGGACAUACACCUGGUUCCUUUUUUCCAUUCCAAAGAGACAUCUGAUUGCACCCUUUGCAUGGAGUUGGUGAAGCAGACUACACAUUUUUAGACUUAAUAAGGCUUGUACUCUGUAUUAAAAGGACACUCCAGGCACCCAGACCACUUCUGCCCAUUGGAGAGGUCUGGGUGCAAACUCCCACUACCCUUAACCCUGCAACUGUAAAUAUUGCAGUUUUCAUAAAGGUGCUUCCUGGGCAGUGCUGCACAUUGGCUGGUCAAUGCUUAUUAGCCAGUCGCCAAAUUUAAAAAUGUAAAAAUAUAAUAAAAACCCUAGGGGAGUCGCUAUGACUUUAAUAUUAAUAUAGGGGAGUCUGUAUACCUCUCUUAUACAUCCACCUGCCAGGUGGCUGAUGAGCUUUAGAUGGGGGAUAUCUCCACUCCUCUUGUAUAAUUCUCAAUAGUGCCCCCUAUUGCUUUCCAUAUAAAACAAUAGGGGGCAAUUGCUGAGACAAGGAUACACACAAUUAAAAUUUUUCAAGAAAUAUAUUCCAGUUUGUGCCUAUAUACUUUGCCAUGAAUCUACAACCAAACCUUCACUACAGUAAAUAGCAAUUUUAGUAAAAAAAAAAAAUUGACCAUUCAUUCAGUCAAAAAAUAAUAUUGGUAGCUUGUUGACUGUAUUUGGGCAAGCAUGUUAAUUCCCCAACUUGGGAAGAAACAGUGAAUGCAAUCCAAUAAAUGGUGAUAUACAGGUGAUACUCAAAAAAUUAGAAUAUCGUGCAAAAGUUCAUUUAUUUCAGUAAUGCAACGUAUAAGGGGAAACUAAUAUAUGAGAUCGACGCAUUACAUGCAAAGCAAGAUAGUUCAAGCCGUGAUUUGUCAUGAGUGCAAUGAUUAUGGCUUACAGCUCAUGAAAACCCCAAAUCCACAAUCUCAGUAAAUUUGAAUAUUUACACACUUUUUUUUACUACUCUUCACAUGCUCUUACUUAAGAGGGAUGUAGGGGAACAAAACUGGUGUGGACUGGCUGACAAAUGCUCUUGCUACUUCAGUCUCUCUAACACUGUGGCAUGUUCUUCUACACUCACUACAUACACUUUUUCUCUGUCCCAGACUGUAUAGCAGGAGCUUCUGCUUAGGAGAGGAGUGGACCAGUGAGUGCUAGGGGACUUGCCCUUGGUUGUUCAUCCUGCAUGACUGUCAGACAGCCUGACAUGCAUUCAUGCCAGGCCGGCCAUCUAAUUCUUUGUGCAGACAAGCUCCUUUUUGGGCAUGUUUUUGUGUGUAUGCGUAUCUGGGUCAGUAUGGGUGUGUCAGUAUGUAUGUGUCAGUAUGUAUGUGUAUUUAUGUCAGUAUAUAUGUGUGUAUAUGUGUGUCAGUGUGUAUGAGUAUGUAUGUCAGUAUAUUUGUGUUUUUUUGUGUGUAGUGUGUAUGUGUAUGUGUAUGUGUAUCUGUGUCAGUAUGUUCGUUAGGCAGUUUGCAUGUAUAUGUCCAUACAUCCCUGGAUUCAAACACCAACACAAUACACAAAUACACCCCUGCAUUCAAACACCAACACUAUAUACAAACACACCACUGCAUUCAAAUAGCAACAGUACAUACAAAUGCAAUACUACUUUUACACACACAUACUUCACAUAAAAACAGUGUAUGAGGUUUGAUUCUCUUUUAUACAUAAGAUGUGUAUAAAUGGGUUUGGCAUUACAAGAGUUAAAGACCAAUCUUGCUAAUGUGUUGCUAAUUGUCAUUAUUGAAGAAGCCUAAGGGUUUUCUUUUUGUCCAUUUUCACAGUUAUUGCUGUUGCUUGAUGUGAAUGACAAAUGAAGCAAAAAGCCAUCAAUAUUAUUGUACAGGUUACAUUAUGAAUUUCACAGACUUCUUACUGUAUUUAGAUUUAUCUGUGACUAACAGUAAAUGACAAAAAAAUUAUAGAAAACUAAUUUAAAUGAAUUCAUUAAAUAAUAGAAGUUGUCUUAUCCUCCAGGCAAACGACUCUUCUGCUUUUCUCAAUUCUUUUGUUCUAUCACUCCUGUUAAGGUAAUCAAUAAGUAAGGUAAUUAUUUUUUUGUCUAUCCCCCUUGUUUUAUGCAGCAGUCAUGAGGAGCUGAAACAAAGGUAAAAAAGUGUUUUAGGCCCUGCAUGUGAGUGAGAAUAUUCGUCAUGCUUUUGCACUGGUAUUCACAGUAGAGUUUUAUUUUACGAGAAGUGCAAGAAUAACCAUUGGUCUCUAGUUCAGAAACUUGGGCAAUGACAAAGGAAAUUCAAAAUCAGGACAAACUUGAAUGCAAAGAUCAAAAUAAACCAUUCAAACAAAUUCUUGUAAACAUUGACUGUUUAUUGAAAAUUCAUUAUAGGACAGCGAAACAUGGAAAAGAGAACAAAAUCAAUAAAUUCAGCCAAGCCUUUUCUAAAAUCUCAACCAAGAGUUUUUAUUAAUAAACAAGCAGCUUACCUAUAGCAAAGUAACCUAGAGGCGUGUAAGAUCAUAUGUGCAUCACAUGUUCGACGACUACUUUUAGUUCAGGUUGUGGUCUGAGUGAGCCAUGACUGCCAGCAAAAGUGUGUUUUUGGUACUUGAGUUAAUAAACAGAAUUUCUGUUAUGUACAAAGGUAAAAAUGGGGAAUAUAUGGAGGGAAAUUGGUGACGCAUGGGUAGGAGUGGGAGAGUUUGUGCUUCUGAGUAGGGAGAGUGAGACUAGUUAAUAAAUAGGGAUGGUAAUGGCCAGGUCCUGUUCUAAUCGCGACUUACCUCGCAUGCCCACAGUGUGUCUGUUCUCUCUGCCAGCGUCUGUUUUUUCUUCCAGCUGAAUCGUAGGACUCAGUCGCACCUCUUGCCUUUGGGUGUCCCUCUGAUGGCUGGGAGCGUUCAGCAUUUGGCAGGGUACUGUGGUUUACGAUCAAUUUGGCAUGGUAAACAUCAUAUUUUAAGGGUGGCUGUUCAAACAAUCACAGUGUUCCUUAUGUUAAUUUAAAAGAGGAAAAUGGUGUGACAUGCAUUGGAGUGUGCGGUUGACAUGAAUGUGGAGGUGUGCUCAGUGCCAGUGCAAGGAUUCCUGCCACCCUAGGCAAAGAUCGCAUUUUGCCGCCGCCUCAUGGGACACUAGGGACACUAUAGUCACCAGAACAACUACAGCUUAAUGUAGUUGUUAUGGUGAGUAUAAUAGUUCCCUUCAGGCUUUUUUUUAUGCAAACACUGCCUUUUCAGAGGCCUUAGAUGGCCACUGGAGGUGCUUCCUGGGUCAGUGCUGUCGACAAAAGCAGCCCUGAUGUUCAGCCACCCCACGCUCUGCAUGGAGAUGCUGAUUGGUUCAAUGCAUCUCUAUGAGGAGGUCCUGAUUGGCCAAAACGGCAUGUGGCCUCGACCUGUGCCGAUUUUAGCCAAUCCAAUGCUUUCCCUAUCGGCCAUUUUGAUGAUUUCACAAAGAGGGCAGAGCCAACACUGGCGGACAAACGUGACGCUGGAAAUAAGGUGAGUUUUAAACUUUUACAGGAGUGUUAAGGGGGGGCAAGCCACCUAAAUGGUGGGUUAAACACUAUAGGGUCAGGAAUACAUGUUUGUGUUCCUGACCCGAUAGUGUUCCUUUAAGCAAGAACAAAACUAACAGUAGCCAAGUUGGAUAAUUCUUUUAAAUCAGCUAUUUUAGCCUAUAUUUGCAAUUUGGUUUCCAAUUAUGUCUAAUCAGCUUUACCUUUCCUCCACAGCACUUAUUUCUACUCUAACAUAAUCUUACUGAAGUAUACACACACACACUAACACACACACAAUGUCACAAACACUCACCAACACACAUUCUUACUGACAUAAACACACAAUGUCACAAACACUCUUACUAACACAUACUCUUACUGAAGUAUGUGCACAUUGCCACACACACGUCACAAACACUCAGUAACAGACACUCUUACUGAAGUAUACACACAAUGUCACUCACUCUCUCUCACUAACACACUAUUACUGACAUAUAUACACAAUGUUACACACACACACACACACACAUACACACUAUUACUGAAGUUAACACACAAUGUCACUCACUCUCAAUAACACACUCUAAGUAUUCGCCUGGGUGGCCUGCAAUUCCUAUAGACGACCACAAGGUGGCGGUUAUCUUGUUCACAUGGACCAAAACAGUGAAUAGACUUCAGGGGGACUUAGUCGCGAAUUCCCUGAAACUAUUUUCGGCAUGAAACCCUCAUGGUUCCCAGUCAGUUCUUCAGCAGCACUUAGCCGUGAUUCUAUGGAACUGUUUUGGGCAUGGGACCAUGCCUGCACCUGGGCAAAAAAUAUGACUUCCAUAAAAUGACUGAACUCCUUAUGUGACCUGGGUGAUUUUUGGAUAUGUUGUUCAUAUGUUGAUCAGGGUUAUCAGGGAAUGUAACAUUUUUGGGGAUAGUUAUGGUACUUUAUAAAAAUGUGUGUUUUUCUACAUACUGUACUUUACUCAAUUAUCUCCCAUGCAAAGGGGAUGGAUUGUGUGCUGUGUGUGGGAGUGUUGUACAUGUAUUACUAUUCUGAUUUGGUUUGUAAGCUUUGUGUCCCUGUCCCACACAAGGUCCAUAUGGGCGUAUACCUUGCUUGGGGACUUGCAUAAAAGGCCAGCUGUGGCUUCCAUUAAACCCUUAAGGACACAACUUCUGGAAUAAAAGGGAAUCAUGACAGAAUAUUUCCCUCAUGUGUCCUUAAGGGGUUAAACAGACUUAUUUCACCCUCAAUCUAGAGUCUUGUCUCUUAUUGGGGAAAACUGCUAUAUCACUACAUGGGAUUGCUAUAGCCAUUAUACUCCCUUGGAUUCUCUGAGCGCUUGUAAGAGCUAUUCCUGCUUGACUCUCUGGAGGAAGAGAGGUUCACCCACUGUAACCUGGAGCCUUAUCAUAGAUCCAGGGUGACGGAGAUGACGAGACCCCAACCAAGCUGCGGCGGUUGUGGGGUCUGCAGCGCUUAUGGUGUCUGGAGGAGUGCUCAUAUUCCUCGGUGAGCACUAGGAGCAUCCGUCGGCGGAGGUUACAAUGCCUUUGUCUGAUCCUUACAGGCACUUCACCUUUAUUUUCUCAAUUAGCUUAACACCAUAUUUUGGGCUAUAUCAACACAGCCCCGGACAGUACCACUAGGCAAGGCAGGGAAAAGGUAAAAAGAGAGAGAAAUACUGGAAAGGGGUGAUGGUGAUACUGUCAUAAGAAGAGGGUUACCCUUGGGUAGCAUGGUUAGGAGAUAAUGAAACCGGGUGGUAGGUAUAUAGUUGGAACUGGGAAGGAAAGAAAGGUGACACAGGGAUGGGGAGAUGGUGACAUUGUGUUGAGAAGAAAAUUAUUGUGGCUGGAAGUGGGAAGGAUGUCUGUAUAAAGAUAAUAUCUAGACACUUCGGAAUGUCUGGAUGUUUUAAGUCUAAGUGGGAGUUUAGUAUGGAUGACUAAGAUCAAAAAAGUGAGCCUUUGGAUUAAGGGCUAAAAGAAGCCUUUGGGGGCUAUUACAUUUUGCUUUAGACAUACACCCCAAGUAUUAUUGCAACCUAGCAAUGCCACAGUUUCAACUGUUUUCAAUUUAAAUAACUUGUAAUCAAUUACACAUAAAUACAUCCCAGCCAGAAUUUCUCUAUCCUCAUUCACAGUACAGAUAGUAAUUUUAGGUUUUGUGUAUAUUACCAGUAAUGCUAUACAUAUGUAAUAAUAUAUGCAUAUGUAAAUAAAGAAUUAGGAUUUUCAGGCAGCAAAUUGUUCCUGCAUUGAGUUGAUCAUGAAGCCAAAAACCAUAGAGAAAGUGAUGAGAACUAGUUAAAGUAUAGAGCAGAAGUGUUCUCUGAAAAAGAUGAAAAAUUAUACUCACCUUUCAUCCAUCGGCAUCCUUGUCUCUGCCAAUUUUGGCCAAUCAAAUACUUCUCCAAAAAGAAGCAUUGUGGGCUAUACUGCACAUGCAUGGCAAUUACCACACAGCACCAAAAGGAUCAUCCCCAUAGAGGACAUUUACAAUGCUUCUCUAUGGGCAAGCAACUCCAUUUGGCAUUGUCACGAUGUUGAAAAUUAAGAAUGUUACUUUUUUACAGUUUUCACUAGUAAGUGCUUUUAGUGGCUGUUUCACAAAUGGCAUUGCUUACUUUUGUAAGAGUUCAAGGAUGGUGUUUAGAAUAUCCCUUUACUAAAGAAGGAAUGCUGUGAAAUUGAAAAACCGCACUAGACAAAACACACUUAAUACAAUAAAUGUGCAGUUUGAGAGAGACUGGGCUGGUCCUUAACAGAGGCAACAAUUAAUGAUGGGAAACUCACAUCUACCCUAUCAUUUCAAUCAAGGAGAUAUCUAUUCACGUAUUUGUUCAUAUAGAUGCAUAGCUAAUUAUAGGCGGCAGUGAUUUAAAGUGGUCAUGGUGCUUAGAGUUUGUAUGUACAGCCUUUCAGUCAAAUGCUGCAUAUACAGAAUUAAUCCACUUUGCUGCAGGAUGUGAAUCUCCACCUUCAGCAGCAUCAUUUGUCCACCUGGAACGAGACUGAUAGCCUCCCAAGUCCACCACUCAACCUUUCCUCUGGGUUAGCACUCCCAAGGGGAAGGGGAAUGGGAAGUGACACCACCAUUGGGCUGAAGGAAGGAUUGGGCUGAAGGAAGAACUUUGAGUGCAAUCACAGGUAAGAUUAUUCUUUAUGUUGUUUUUUUAAAGAGGGAGUGGGCAUUCUAGUACAACUUACUACAACCAAAAAUGGUGUUUAUUUUUUAUUCAAGGCAUAGUUAUUGCAGUGAAUACAAGUAUACAUGAGAUAGCACAAAGUAAAGUUAUACGCGACAGAUCUUUGCAAGUCAGAAAAUUUCAAAUCAACAGUACAGCCUUGUUAUGACCUGCAGUGGUUAUGGUACUGCGGUCUUCUAUUUCUUCCCCAAUAGCUGAGCAUAA